AGCCCCUGUCCCUCCUCUCUUCCUUCCCUUCUGUGGAGGAAACUGAACCUAAGGCCAAAAGCCUCAGCAGCUGAAACCUCUCUCUGUCUCAAGAACAAAUGGCUCUCCAACUCAAUCACCUCUCCUUCCAAUUCCACAAGUUCCCUUCCUUUUCUCUCCCUCCAAUGGCCAGCAUCAGAUCUCCCACCGUCUUCAUGGCCUCCACUCUCCGCUCUGGCUCCAAGGAGGUUGAGAAUCUCAAGAAGCCUUUUAGCCCUCCUCGGGAGGUUCAUGUUCAAGUGACCCACUCCAUGCCACCCCAAAAGAUUGAGAUCUUCAAAUCCAUGGAGAAUUGGGCUGAGCAGAACAUUUUGGUUCACCUGAAGCCAGUUGAGAAAUCUUGGCAACCACAGGAUUUUCUACCAGAUCCUGCUUCUGAUGGAUUCCAUGAACAAGUCAAGGAACUAAGGGAGAGGGCAAAGGAGCUUCCAGAUGAUUACUUCGUUGUUUUGGUUGGAGAUAUGAUCACUGAAGAAGCCCUUCCAACUUACCAAACAAUGCUUAAUACCUUGGAUGGGGUUCGGGAUGAAACAGGUGCAAGCCUCACCUCUUGGGCAAUUUGGACAAGGGCAUGGACUGCAGAAGAGAACAGGCAUGGUGACCUUCUCAACAAGUACCUAUAUCUGUCUGGACGAGUAGACAUGAGACAAAUUGAGAAGACAAUUCAAUAUUUGAUUGGAUCAGGAAUGGAUCCACGGACAGAGAAUAGUCCCUACCUCGGGUUCAUCUACACUUCAUUCCAAGAAAGGGCGACAUUCAUCUCCCAUGGCAACACUGCCAGGCAUGCCAAGGAGCAUGGGGAUAUGAAGUUGGCUCAAAUAUGUGGUACAAUUGCCUCAGAUGAGAAGCGCCAUGAAACUGCCUACACCAAGAUAGUCGAAAAGCUCUUUGAGAUUGAUCCUGAUGGAACUGUAAUGGCUUUUGCUGACAUGAUGAGGAAGAAAAUCUCUAUGCCUGCUCACCUGAUGUAUGAUGGCCGUGAUGACAACCUCUUUGAUCACUUCUCAGCAGUAGCCCAGCGGCUGGGAGUCUACACUGCCAAGGACUACGCCGACAUACUGGAAUUCUUGGUGGGCAGGUGGAAUGUGGAGAAGCUCACUGGACUCUCUGGUGACGGGCGAAAAGCACAGGACUAUGUUUGCGGGUUAGCCCCAAGAUUCAGAAAGCUGGAGGAAAGAGCGCAAGGAAGAGCUAAGGAAGCACUCACCAUUCCUUUCAGCUGGAUUUUUGACAGAGAAGUGAAGCUGUGAGAGCCAGGUCAGGCAUACAGUCUCCAUCGAAUCCUCCCCCCCCGCUUCUUACACAGAACACAAACAGAGGUAGAAGUUUCCCAGUUGCAUUUUCGUCUGCUAUUCCAAUUUCGCUUUGUUGAAGGGUUGUAGAUACAGUUGUUUUCAGUUGCAUGGUUGUUGUCACCGAGUAGAUCUUCUCCUACAGGGGGCAGUUAUCGGUUCUUUUUUUCUUUGUUUCUUUUUCAAGUUCUAUGUUCUGAAUGGUCCCCUUAUGUACAAGUUUGUGUUCAUCCAAUAGUAAGUAGUAAGUCUUUGGUCCUUUGUUGUCCUUUUGAGUGUAAGUGAAACGAUGUUUCCCUUCUCUAUUGCAAUUUUGAUGAUCAAUCCCAUGCGCUGCAACUUGAUCA